AUGGCGUAUCGGCGCGAGAUGAAUGCCCUGCUGGCCAUUCCAGUGUCCAAUCGUCUCUUCUUGUUGUUAGUCGCCGUCUUCCCCGGGUGGCCUGAUCAACAGGUGGACAACUUCGACAAUCAUUGCGAGACGAACACCGUGAGCCCUAUCCUCGGCGGCACGCCGGGUCCUCGUGUGCCCAUGCCCGCGCCCUUCCACGUCGAGUGCGAAGAGGAUUGA